GAUACUCUUUGCCCAUGUAAUAGUCGGUAGAAAGCUUAUGCUCCUCCACUACUACCACUACCUCAAAAUUCCGGCAAGCAUGCCAAUAACUAACUCCUCUUUUUAGCUAAAACAGAUAUCGGUUUCCCUUUUUCUCCUUCUCCUCUUUCCUCUCUCCACCAUCUCCUCACGCUAAACGCCCCUCCGACAAGAAGGUAAAUAAUCAUCGAAAAUGGCUCCGGAGAUCAUUUUCUCCGCCGCCACCUCCUCACCUCUCAUUAUUCUUAUUCUUAUCCUUUUUUUGCGGUUCCCUCGCGGUUGGACUGGAGUGGGGUGGGGUAGUAGUAAGUUGCUGGUCACCGCAACUGUCAUCAACUCAUCAACAACCAUUGAGAUAUCUCAUCACAGCUCACUGACCCUCUCUUGUUUUGUUGAUGUCUAAACACAGUACUGUUGUGGUAGUGAUUGGUUUCUUUCCUCUUUACUUGACUAGGGUAGGGGCUUUGAGGUACAUGUACAGUACCUCGUUAGGACUAUGAUUCAUACCCGCGGAG